CGCCGCCGCAUUCCAUUCCCAAAACCCCCGCAAAAACCCUAAUCACAAAAUUCAACCAAUAUAUAAACACCUCAAUUCAACUAGUUUUUCCCACCAACAAUCAAUUCAUUCAAAUCGUGAAAACUCGCUCACAAUCUGCUGUCUCUGAUAUUGAUUACACUAAUUGAUCCUAUUUCUGAACUGUUUUUUACUGAUCAAUUCUUCUGCAGGCUCCGAUUUACCCUUAGAUUAAUUUUCUCUACUCGCAUUAUAUUUGCAUAUUUUUGGUGUUAUUUGUUUUUGCUAACAUAUGGAAACAGGAAAUAUGAACUCAUCUUCCACACCAAACAAGAGUAAGUCGCAUCUCCCGCUGCAAGAGGCGCUCAUUCAAAGAAGAAAUUCCAAGGAGAAUUUGGAUCGCUUCAUACCAAACAGGUCGGCAAUGGAUUUCGAUUAUGCUAAUUACAUGCUUACAGGUAAGGAAAACCCGUGUACAAGCUCUUCUCCAUCAAGGGAAGCAUACAAGAAGCAGCUUGCAGAAACCUUCAACAUGAACAGAACUCGGAUUUUGGCUUUCAAGAACAAACCACCAACCCCGGUAGACGCAAUUCCCAGUGAUUUCUCAUCCGCGGCUCAACAAGUCAAAUCUGCCAAGCCACGCCGUCACAUUCCCCAGACUUCUGAGAGGACACUAGAUGCCCCUGAUAUUAUGGAUGAUUAUUAUUUGAAUCUAUUGGACUGGGGCAGCAGCAAUGUUCUUUCCAUCGCUCUUGGGCACACUGUUUAUCUGUGGGAUGCUUCUGAUGGGGCUACCUCCGAACUUGUUACCAUCGAUGAUGACUGUGGCCCGGUUACCAGCGUCAAAUGGGCUCCUGAUGGAAGGCAUAUUGCUGUUGGUCUAAACAACUCAGAAGUUCAGCUUUGGGAUUCCACCUCUAACAGACUGCUGAGGACCUUGAAAGGAGGGCACAGAUCGCGAGUUGGUGCCAUGGACUGGAACAAUCACAUCCUAACAACCGGAGGUCAGGAUGGUCAGAUCUUCAACAAUGAUGUGAGAGUGAGGUCUCACAUUGUCGAAACCUACACCGGACAUGACCAAGAAGUUUGUGGGCUUAAGUGGUCGGCGUCCGGGCAGCAGUUGGCUAGUGGUGGAAACGACAACGUCCUCCAAAUCUGGGACAGAUCCAUGGCAGCAUCGAAUGCUCCUACCCAGUGGCUUCACAGGCUCGAGGAGCAUACUGCUGCUGUCAAAGCACUCGCGUGGUGUCCCUUCCAGAGCAAUCUGCUGGCCUCGGGCGGAGGUGCUGGAGAUAGGUGCAUCAAGUUCUGGAACACGCACACCGGCUCGUGCUUGAACUCUGUUGACACCGGCUCACAAGUCUGCUCUCUUCUGUGGAACAAAAAUGAGCGUGAGCUGCUGAGUUCACACGGUUUCACUCACAAUCAGCUCACUCUCUGGAAGUACCCGUCAAUGGUGAAGAUGGCUGAGCUCACGGGGCAUACCUCCCGAGUUCUUUACAUGGCUCAGAGCCCGGAUGGGUGCACGGUUGCAUCUGCAGCAGGAGACGAGACUCUUCGAUUUUGGAACGUUUUUGGUACGCCCGAAGUUGCUAAGCCUGCACCAAAGACGAAGUCAGAGCCAUUCGCUCACUUGAACCGCAUCAGAUAAUUUCGGUUGAGACGCUCAUGUACAUUUCUGUUGUAAAUCAUGUUUCUGCUUGUCGGAUUAGUCACCCAUUGUGACUAUCAAAAAGUUGUACAAACUAUCAAGAAUAUAUGGUAACUGCCAUCUCUCCUCGUGGUUAUGUUUUUUUA